UUAGAAUGACUGUAUUGUAUAUGUACAAUUUAUGAAAGUACUACACAAAUCAACUGUGUAUUUAUAAUGCGGUGUGAUAUAUAGAUUUUAAGGAUACUAAAUAAGUAAUUUUUAACAUAUUUAAAUGUUUUAUUUAAAAAUAUAUUAAAAUGUUUAAUACUGUGAAGAAUUCUAUUAAAUAUGAAAUUAAAAAAUAUGGACAACGGAAAUAUAUACGACACUCAUUAGAUAUAAUUAAAAAUAAUUUAAAUCGACAAAAAACUAAAGAAUCAUUAAGUAUUUUUUAUCGAUCAUGUGGCCAACCAACAAUAACCACACAUCCUCAUUUAAUAAAAGAAGGAGAAGUAGUACCUGGUAUUCAACUUUGUGAAUUCAAAAAGCGACGAAAUAAAUUGAUAGAGAAUAUUAUUUCACAUGCUUAUAUCACAAAUCUAACCAAAUCACAUAUUGUGAUUAUUCCUUCUUCGUCUAAAGUAUACAUGUCUGGCAAAAUUCCAUAUAUUUUUCGACAAAAUACAGAUUUUCUAUAUUUUACUGGUUGUCAAGAACCUAAUAGUAUUUUGAUAAUUACAAUAAAAAAUGAAAAUUUUGUAACUACUUUAUUUUUAACACAACAAGAUGAACAUUCUGAACUAUGGGAUGGACCUACAACUAAAGUUGAAAUAGCACCUGAAAUGUUUGGUGUAGAUACAGCACUUCCAAUAAUAGAGUUAGAACAAUUUUUUAUUUCUUUUAUGACUGAAAAUAAAAAUAGUAUUAUUUGGUAUGAUACUAUUGAUAUAAUACAAACAAAUUUACACAAAAAAUUAAAUGAAUUAGUGAAAAUAACAAAUUGUCAAACUCUUUCUCCAACAAAUAUUAUGCAUAAAAUCAGAUUAAUUAAAUCACAAUCUGAAAUAGAUUUAAUGAAAAAAAGUUGUAAGAUUAUUUCAGCAGCAAUGUCUAAAACUAUAAAAAUAUCAAAACCCAAAAUGAGUGAACAUCAUCUAUUUGCAACUGUGGAUUAUGAAUGUCGAAUGAAUGGAGCAGAAUUUUUAGCAUAUCCACCAGUUGUUGCUGGGGGAAAAAAUGCUAAUAUUAUUCAUUAUAUUACUAACAAUCAAAUAAUUCAAGAUGGAGACAUGGUUUUAAUGGACGCAGGUUGUGAAUAUCAUGGUUAUUCAUCUGAUGUAACCAGAACAUGGCCAAUUAAUGGAACAUUUACUCAAGAACAAAAAAUUUUAUAUGAAAUAGUAUUAGAUAUUCAAAAUAUUUUAAUUCAUAAAUUAAAAGAAUUACCUUCAUUAGAUCAAUUAUAUCAUGAUAUGUGCUCUUUAUUAGGCAAAAGAUUACAAGAAUGUGGAUUAAUACCAAAACAUUUAAAUAAAAAAGAAUUAUUUUCUACAGUUUAUUCUUAUUGUCCACAUCAUGUGAGUCAUUAUUUGGGAAUGGAUGUGCAUGAUACAGGAAAAAUUUCUAGGAAUUUAAAACUUCAGCCAGGAAUAAUAAUCACAAUAGAACCUGGUAUAUAUGUUAAUCCUAAAAAUCAAUUUGCUCCACCAGAAUUUGUUGGUUUAGCUGUUCGUAUUGAAGAUGAUAUUUUAAUAACAGAAAAUGGUCCAAUAAUUCUAACAGAAGAUUGUCCAAAAGAAAUUUUCAAAAUAGAAGCUUUAGCGAGUCAAUAGUUAUAAUAAUGACUGUAUAUAAUUUUCAAAUACAAUAAAUAUAAGAAUUGUACAUAAGAAUUAAUAACAUUGAAAGUUAUAUAUCUGUAAUCAAUAAAGAAUAACUAAGAGGAGUAAUAAUAUAAUGUACACAAAAAAUA